ACAUAAACAAUGCAACAAAAUGAAAAUGUCUUAUGCUGUGAAGAAACAUUAGGCAAGACACAAGUAUAAAAUAUAUAAACUUUAUUUAAUACAUCAAUAAUGACAUUCCGAUGAGAAAAAGGAAUUGCUGCUUCAUGCAACCUCUACAAUAGUAUAGGAGUAUAUCCUAUAAUAAAAGGCUUUGUAUAAAUUGCAGCAUAUGAUUAUUUAUGCAAUAAAACUUAGUGCUUGUUAUGCAAGAUGAAAUUUCAGAAAUACUACUUUAGAAUACCAAAAUGUGCAAACAUCGUAUUUUACUCAGACACCUUGUGAUUGCUGAAUGAGAUGACAGUGCAUUAAAUCUUAAUAUGUAUAGGAAGCUCUGGAAAACAGCAAAGUGGGCUGUAAUUGGAGGAGCAGCUGCUGAUAUAAUUUGUUUAGCUGGUGGCUAUUACUUUUAUCACCAAAUGAAAAAUUCAAGAGACUUUCGAUAUAAAAUUUACAAUUAUGAUCCCAGAUUUGUUGAUGUGUAUUACCGAGCUAAUGAAAAGUUUGGUGAUGGAACUGAGCGAAAGAAUGAUUACAGUGAAUGGGGAAUAAAAGAAAUCAAGAGCUUUGAAAAUUUACAUUGGUUUGGUCUAUGAAAAUUACCUUCUGAAGCCUGUUUGUUGUAUUCUGUAGUGUAUAUAUUUUGAAAUAAAAGUUUGUUGUACAUUAACAGAA